UAUUCAGUGUUCACUGUACUCACUGGGUAGUUUUGUUGAAAAAUUUGUAACAUCUUAAUGUGUACCAUAGGAUACUUUAUCAGCCCCAAUUCAGCUCACACCUUAACGUUAUGAUGCUCUUUGCACACUGCCUAGCAGUAAAAAGCCAAUGAGCCCAGGCCACUUUGACCUAUAUAGCUCGAAGUGUGAUUUUUGCCCAGCUAUAAGCGUGGAUAAGCCGAAAGAGGACCAGCGCAAACUCGCCAAGACGUGAACAAUCCAGACGCAGCAAAUGCACUUGUCUUCCACUGAAUCCUGCUCUUGGCUUUAGACAAACUUGAGAAAGUAGCAGCGAAGAUGUCUCGAUUCGUCACUCGUCUCUUCGCCGUUGUUUCUCAGCACGCGACAGCCCGAUCCGUGGUGUUACCGAGGAGGAUCCUGGCGUUCAUCCGACCUGUAUCCUCAUCUAAAGGCCUGCAGUCUCUCACCCGUUACGAUGUGAUUACAGACUGGCAAAAGAAUCUCACCCCAGAACAGUAUGUAGUCACCAGAGAGAGAGGAACUGAGUUGCCCUUUAGUGGGAUCUACCUUAACCAUUACGAAGUGGGGAUGUACCACUGUGUCUGCUGUGAUGCUCCACUCUUCAGUUCAGAGGCUAAAUAUGAAUCAGGUACAGGCUGGCCGGCAUUCAAAGAGGCUCAUGGGACAUGGGAGCGUGAUGAAAGCCAUGCCUCCAUCACUCGUCGCCCUGACAACAGCCUGGGUAGUGCUGGGACAGAGGUCCUUUGUAAAAAUUGUGAUGCCCACCUGGGACAUGUGUUUGAUGAUGGACCAGACCCAACAGGUCAGCGGUUCUGCAUCAACAGUGUGGCCCUUACGUUUAAACCCAGAGGAAACAACAAACCUGAAAAGCCUGAGGAAAACUGAUGAACUACACAGACUUGCCUAAACCACUGAAAACACACAUUCUGUAUGUUUCAUUGUAGGCCGGUCCUUUUUAGGAGGCAAAAUGAAGGUCUAAUCAGAGCAUUCAUUUUAUGGUUUUGACCAAUACAGGUCUGAAAAUGAGAGGCUUUGUGUGGCACAAAGUGUUUUUAUGUUUGAAUUUUGGUGUGAAGGGACUUCCUGGGGUUUAUUAAACUGAAAAAAAAAACCAAACAAACUCUUGUUUAGAAAAACCUUAGUUAUAUGCACUGGAGAGAAGACUACAAAUCUACCAAUCAUAUACUGUAUUGCAUGACUCACAUAAACCCAAACACAAACUGUCGCCUCAAUCACUUAAUGAAAAACAUACUUCCCACCCUAAUCACUGUAUCGUUUAUUGUUUAUUUUUUUCUAAUUUUUGUUGAGUAGGAAAUCUUGUUGUAAUAAGUGUCAAAUGAGUGAUGUUUAAAUGAGCAACCUGAGAUUUUUAUGUGGGACAUAGUGGCUAACCCAUUGAUCAUUAUUAUGUUUAACUUGGACAUAUCUGAAAAUGUCAAAAUACACGGGCCCUAAAUUAAGGAGACCUCUUUUUCUGUAGAGAUUGCAAAACAUAGGAAGUUAUUACAUUGCUGCUUUUCUGUUUGUCAGGCUGGUGCCACAUGUACAAAUCUGAAUGGCUUGUCUUUUUUAGUCAUUGUUCAGACUUGAUUGAUAAU